AUGCCUGCCACAAAGCCCAGGCUGGAGAAGCUCUCCACGCCCGUGACGGCGACAUUCCCCUCGGAAAUCACGUCUGCGGCCACGGCCACUCCUCUCUCCGCCCUGGCCUUCUUGUCCAGGCCGGAGCCUGACCUCGUCAAGACGCCCAUCAGUCCACCAUCCGCUUACACAGACUUCUUGUCCAAGGCAAUGGCUCUGAACUCGCCCGCCCUCACCUCGGCAGACUCCAGUCCCGGCUCUGCAAGGACCGAUCCGGAGACGGAAAGCGCCAAGCCCUGCUCGAAACACGAACAAUCAUCACCCGCCUCCUCUGCUGUCAGCAGCAAGCCGUCUCCUCCCCCAACGGCGCCUGUCGUGCCUCCCAGCCCGUUCCCAACCUCGGCCCCCAUGUCUGCUCCGCCAACCGGUCCGGCUUCCUUCCCGAGCUUGAGGCUGCCACCGAGCCCUGCCAUUUCCAGCAUCGACUCUCCCUUGAGCGCGGGCACCCUCCGCUCACCUUUCAGCGCGGCAUCUGUCCAUUCCGUCUUCGACUGGGAUGCCGCAUUGAAGGCUCGCUUCUCGGACAAGAAGCACAAGUCUUCGCGCACGAGAGUUCGGCAUAUCCGGGAAGUCGUCACCAGGACAGUCACCUACACGCCACGCAUGGAUCCCGCGCCCCGGGGCAAGAGACGAAAGGUGGAAUAG